AAAGCCACAGAAAGCCCCCAAAAGCCCCUAAACACCUGGAAAAGCUCAAGAAAGACCCCAAAAAGCCCUUCAAAGUUCUCCAAAGUCCAAAAAGGCCCCCCAAAGCCCCUCAAAGUCCCAAGAAGUCCAAGAAAGCCCCAAAAAGCUCAAAAAAACCCCAAACAUCCCCCAAGGCCCAAGAAAUCUGAAGAAGCCCCCUCCAAAGCCUCUAAAUACCCCAAAAUGCCCAAAAGUUCCCCAUAG